CUCGACUCGAUAAUGUGCUGCAGUCAUCAGCUGAUGACGACGGAUCGGACAGGCGUUUAAGCUCGUCAACUUUUCCGCGCCGUUUUCCUCCGCCAGCUGAUGAUAAACUGUUUGCACGUGUCGUUCAACAAUUGCAGGCUUACACCGCAUCCUGCGAUCCUUUUUAUACGGUUGAUGCGAGGCGUGGUGGCUGAGAAAUAGACGUGUUUUCUCGGUAGUCUGUGGUGUUGGUAGUGGGCGAAGUACCGUGACGAAACUUCUUCGUGGAGCGGACCACCAGAUGAUCAUGGAGGGGUGUUCCGCGUUGAAUCCACGGCAGGCUUCGCUUGCCUCGCGGCCGCUUGCGUUCCUCUUCAUCGUACUCGUGGGUUCACUGGCUGUUUUGUCAGCGGAAGGUCACGAGGGACUUUCAAGCAAUGUCGACUCUGGUUCAUCAUCGGGGCUACCAAGUCUCGAGGAUGGACAAGAGGAUCAUAAAAGGUUUUACAAAAAGCCAGAUGAGAAUGACCAUGUGAGAAAAACCUGUAAGGUGGAAUCUGGAUCUGGAGGGACCGGGGGAAGGAGUGAUGAUGCUUGCCCGGGAAAGCCUCGAUUGGUUCGACUGGCAGGAGAACAGGUCGGCCAUGUGGAAGAACUGGAGCUUGUGCCAGGCAAAACACACCUACUGAAAACCAUAAACAUGAAGCCGGUUAUAUUUGAAAUCCCUAAUUUCUUCACGAGUGAAGAGUGUAGCCAUAUCAUAUCAUUAGCCAAGGAACAGGGCUUGCAUGAUAGCGCCACCAAGUCAACUGGGAAUGGGAAAGGCCUCGCACUGCGCGACGUCAACGGAGACCAGAAGCUUAGUCUGAGGGAGCUUCAACUGACCUUAGAAGACGGCUAUGACGUAUUCCUGGAUGAUGAUGACAUCAGACAAAUGUAUUCUGAGAUCGGCAUUGAUCUAAACAGUGAUGGGUUCUUGUCCAGGCAAGAGGUCAAUGGCAAGACCAUCGGCAAGAUCUCAACCUACAUCACAAAGCUGCUGGAGGAACAGCCAAUUAAGAAGUCACGGUUCAGUGAGCAGACGUGGAUCUACCCAGACCAGACCGAGGAUCCGCUCGUCCAGUCCUUCCAAGACAGAAUCUCCAAGCUAACCCAGCUGCCCCAGGCUCUGAUUGACAAAUUCAGCUACUUCCAAGUGGUGCAUUAUGGGAAACACGGCCAUUACAACGCCCACCACGACUCCAGUUUCAUCGACGAGUCGACGUGCUGCCAUUUGACAGAAGACAAGCACUGCCGCAUAUGCAGAUUCAUGACGAUCAUGGUCUACCUGAACGACGUUGAAGAAGGGGGGGAGACUGCCUUCCCAGUUGCCAACAACGAAACCUACAACACGCAUGUGUUUCGUCAGACCGGCAUGAUGAACCUCAACAGCCGGUGCGGAGACUCCAACCUCAAGGUCCACCCCCAGCAGGGCAAAGCCGUGGUCUGGUACAACCACUUCAUCAACAACUCCACGGGAUGGCUGGGGGACGUGGACCCCUUCACCUGGCACGGUGGCUGCCCGGUCACAAAAGGUCAGAAGUGGAUCAUGAAUCGUUGGAUCUCGGUCAGCGAGAGCCCAGACGUGGACCUGGCGGUGGCGCUGCCGUGACAACUAACGCCGUUUGCGCUCAUCGCGGUCCUGUACUCCGGCCUGCAUUUUUUGGUCGUGAUACCGAAGAUGAACAACUCGGGGAGGCUCGUGCAAACAAUUAUGGCAAUAAACACGGUCUUAGGUUCUGCAAUUUUGUAUAGGUUGCUCGAUUGCUGAAUCGAUCUUAGGCAUUUUUGUCUCACUUUUGACAGAUAGGGUCAGCCAUGGACAAUAUGCAGCUGAGUAAUUCGGAGUUUUAAAGAUGCAAUAUUUGGUAAUAUUUACCAGAGGUUAUUUUGAUUAUAUUGGUGACAUUUUACAUUUUCAUUAACUCUUUUUGGAAUUGAUCAAGGCCAAUAAUGGUUAUAGUACUUGAAAAAAUGUUCGGUUGUGGAAAACCAGGCAAAUUACCCCUUGGACACAGACAUCGACAAAAUGGGGAACCGCCAACUUAAGGCUGGAUAGCUCAGUUGGUAGAGCACCAGAAUGGCAAUCCGGAGGUCGCAGGUUCAAACCCCGCUCCAGUCAAUUUCUUUGUUCAGCUUUGAACAAAAAAAUAAUUCAUAAAUUGUCAUUAAUUAUUAAAAUGUGUAAAAUAUCACUUGAAAAUCCUUAUUUAUCUUUGAAACACUAAUGCAACCUAUCCAUGUAUCUUUCACUCUACGUUUGUCCUUGUUACAUUAGGCUUCAAGUGUCAAAUCAACAUGAAAUGAGACAACUGUCUCUGACUGUCUUUAUUUUUCUGUAACGGCUGAAUUAAGAAGGUGGAAAAUCAAAUUUUAUUUUUUUAAAUGGGCCCAAUUUAUCAGCACAAAAUAAACCUAGAACUCAUAUAAAGGUAAUAUACAACAUUUGAGUGCGUUCUACAAGUUGUAAUUUUCAGAAAUGGAUGGUUUUAGGGGUUAAUAUUUAAUAGCAAAUAUUGUUACACUGAUGAUUAACUUGUUAAAGUUUAGUGUUCAAAGUACUGGAAAAACCAAGAAACAAAUGCUGUUUUUGUAGUCUGGUUCCCUAACCUCAUGGAGGAAUGCCUAUAUUUCAGACGAAACAGAGACGGGCAUUGUCAGGUCAGGGAGCCAGACAAGAUGGCUUGCACCCGUCCACGGAUGUGUAACCGAUUGCAAACAAAAUGUGGACUAAGUAAAUUUGGUGAAUUGGGGGCAAUAUUUGAAAAAGUCAUUUUUUCCCAACGAUGGUCAG